GGCAGAGCAGAGCGUUAUACUCAGGCCAGACUCGGCAUGAAGUCCAGGAAGAGGUCGGACUCGGCCCGGCGCAGGGCGCUGAGCACCAUGGAGACGGCCCUGAGGAAGAGGCCGUGGAAGACUCCCGGACUGUGGAACACGCGGGUCCACCACAGCAACCUGCAUGUGGCAAGCUUUGCUCUGCUCACUGUUGGCUUGAUCAUGUGCACCGCAGCCAUGGGCUUCGCCGAGUGGCGGAUAUGGCACAUGAGCAGUCCCCAAGGCCUGGCCCUCGUGGGCAUAUGGAAAGUCUGCAUCUACCAAGUGCCGCGCACCCGCGUCGCAUCUUUCUGCCACAGCUAUCCGUUCUUCGACAGUUACCUCCCUCCUUCACUUCAGAGAGUCCAGUACCUCCUGCUCCUCGGCGUUAUUCUGGGGUACCUGGGAAAGGUCGCCCUCAUCAUGGCUCUCCGGAAUGUGUUCAUGGCGAAGACGUCCAAGACGAAGGAUUAUUUUCUGAUGUCCGGGUUUCUGUGCACCGUUGCGAGCAUCUGUGUUGUCCUGACUGUCAUCUACACGUACCAAGCCGUAAGCAACGAGCAGGGCAUUGACUUCCCACCGUCGUUUUCAAUGCCCUCCAGGCCCGACUCACAGGAACUCGGCACUGCGCCUUUGGUAGCAUCCCUGGGAGCCACCAUUAUGUUCCUGAGUGGUUUAUUUUCCCUUUUCCAGAAACUCCCCUGAGGGAAUCACUUGCAGCCUUUCCCCAGAGAACUGUGAAAUGACUGGUGGCACUGUAAGGUGCCUGGACCUUCUGGGGAGGGUGACCACGAUGAUCUACCACACUGGCCAGAGCAUGAGACCACCCCUGGGAGUGCUGAGUAGGGAGCAGCUGGCCGUUUCCUCCCGUGGUACUUCUCUGGUGGGUGGGACCAAGAAAGUUCAUUAAAAAAAAAUUAGUCCAGCGGUCUGUGGGUCUUACUGGAUCUGGAGUUUUAAUUAUUGGUGGAUGGGGUUUGCAGAGAUAGUCCAAGAAUUAAGGUGUUUGUCGUACCUGUG